CAGCAAAACAACGGAAAAUAAACAGGAAUGUGUUAAAAUAUUGUCUUAAACGGCACAUAUUAGUGUUGGAUACGUAGAAGUAGUAAAAGUCGUAGUGGUCUCGUUUUCCCAGGCGGGCGGGCGUUGUCAGACAGAGCCAAGCCCACAGGACGUGCAGUCAGUCUGCUGCUAGGAGCUACCAGCCAAGUCUCUGGAGUUAGCUCGGGAGCUAGCCAUGAGCUAACAAGUAGCAAGCUAAGUCUUUUCAUCUGGACACCCCAGCCUCCGUCAAACGCCGUGCCAAGGUGAAUACGGUUCCAUUUCCUCGCUGGAAUCCUGGGACUGAUUAUCACGGUCGUCAUUUCACAAUCCUUCCCUCCGCCUCCAGCGCCACCUUGAACUUUCUCCCCUUCACACUCAAUUCUCUCAGUACACAGAGCCAUGGCAGCUGCGAAGCCGAAAGGGCAGAACUCUCUAGCCCUUCAUAAAGUGAUUAUGGUGGGCAGCGGAGGUGUGGGGAAGUCGGCCCUCACUCUCCAGUUCAUGUACGACGAGUUUGUUGAAGACUACGAGCCCACCAAAGCAGACAGUUACAGGAAGAAAGUAGUGUUGGACGGGGAGGAGGUACAGAUCGACAUCCUCGACACAGCAGGACAAGAGGACUACGCAGCCAUUCGGGACAACUACUUCCGCAGCGGUGAAGGCUUCCUCUGUGUAUUUUCCAUCACGGAACUGGAAUCUUUUGCAGCAACAGUCGACUUCAGAGAGCAGAUCUUGCGAGUGAAGGAAGACGAAAACGUGCCCUUCCUCUUGGUCGGCAACAAGUCGGACUUAGACGACCGACGGCAGGUCAGCGCAGACGAAGCCAAGGCCCGCGCCGAGCAGUGGGGCGUGUGCUACGUGGAGACUUCGGCCAAAACCCGUGCCAACGUCGACAAGGUGUUCUUUGACCUGAUGAGAGAGAUCCGGGCACGGAAAAUGGAGGACAGCAAAGAGAAAAACGGGAAGAAGAAGAGUAAAAGUUUGGCCAAGAGAAUUAGAGAGAGAUGUUGUAUUUUAUAGUGGUAAAAGAGAGCAGGGUCGCUGCUUCUGUACAUAUACAUUUCUCAGACUUUUGCAUUUAUUUUGUGCCCGUACCUGACCAUGACCUUCAGUUCCUGAUCAACAGGAGUCCUGCUGGUGCGUCAGGUAGUAGUAAGACGGCACUCCAUACACCAUUUAUAGCUCUAACUUUUUAUGUGCUGACACUCCAAAUAAUUUAUGUACUCUCUCUCUCUUACUCUGACCACAUUACAGAGUGUAAUAAAUGGAUGGUGUUUUAAUUUAGGCCUAUGCUUGACAUGAGGCUAAGCCUUGAAAUGUUACAAAACCUUUCAUUGUAAAGUUUGAUGUGUAUAGUAUAUUCAGAAAACUGUGCAGUGCAAAUUCAAAAAAGACGAGACGGAGCGGAAGCGUUAGAGCCAAGGUUGAAACAGGGGAAGAUGAAACUAGAAUUCAUUCGUGGAAAGCCCCAGUCCAUCUAGCGAAGUCGAGCAGUCUUGUGUCAACCCAGAGUUCAUCAAGUGCCACCGGGACGUGUUCAUUGCACUGGUGAAUCUAUCAAACAUUUCCCUCCUUCCACAAAGGCUGUCGCGUUACUUAUGCCAGAGCUGAAAUUUGUUGCCAUUCCUAUUUGUGGUUUUACACUUCAUUUUACUACACGAUAUGCUUCUUACGGACACUUACUUUUAUCUGUGGAGUCACAUUUGUUCUUGCUUUUCCUGUAUCAUAUCAACCAGUGUAAACGAAGCUCACUAAUGUCUGCGUUUUCUCUCCCCCAGGAGCCACUUUGUUGAGUCUUCUCAAUUGCACAAACAACGCUGAACAUUACCCUUAAACCCUAAUCUGUGAGGGAAUUUACAACACUUGAACUGUCUUCGAUUCUAACAUUUCAGAAGUUUUACCUCAUUUGGCUAAAGACUUUCAUUGCCUUUUGUUUUUUUUGCGAUAAAGGAAUCCCUGGUGCUCUGAUAAAAGGUGAUUCUGUAACACUACAUCCUUCACAUCCUGUGUUUUUAACACAUCUUGAUAAAAUAAAUAAGCUUACAGUCA